AGAGAGAGAGAGAGAGAGAGAGAGAGAGAGAGAGAGAGAGAGAGAGAGAGAGAGAGAGACUUCCUCUUGAUUUCAUGUUCAUCUUCUGCAUCCCUCUCCUCCAUCUCAGCUGUGUCGCUUUCGCUUUGGGUCCUUCUUCUGCUUUCAUUCCCAUGAUAUAUUUCCAUGACACUUAUAAAGAAGUAGGCUUGGUUAACUUACAUCACUGUCAACCACAUGAAGGCUAAUUCCACUUAGAUCUCUUCGCCAACUCCAUCCUUCCUUUCAAAUUCCACCUCUUUCUUUUCCUUCCUUUAUCUUUCAGCCUUUAAUUUCACAUCUUUUUCUGAAAGUCAGAAUCUUUGUUAGGUUAUGUGAAUUGUUUUUGUUCAUGGGUCUAGUCAGAGCUUUGAUUUUUUUGUUCAAAACCAUGUACUUUAUCCGUUAAUUGAUUUGAAUGAUUCAUGUAUUCAUUUGCUCAGACCUCAUGUUGUAUUGUUUAUGCAAGUCUCUGUGAAACAAUAUAUUUCUCAUAUUAAUGGUUAUAGAAACAUAAGCUUCCAGUGUUCAAAAACUGCUUCCUUUCUUUUUGCAGGAAUCAAGCAAAGAGCGAUACAACGUUCCAGAUGCUCCUGUUCGAGAAAAGAAAAAAAGACACUGCGGCAUGAGAGGAUGUCAUAUAUUGAUAUGCAUUGAAACAGCUGGAAACUCCUAAUUAAUAAUUAGUACACUGGAUCCGCCUGUACGAUUUCUCAUUCUGUGCAUGAAUGGUUGGCAUUUUCCAUUUUUGUGUGCUACAAGUGCAUUCUUACAGCCAAUGCCCACAAUCACAAGAUUCCAAUCGCCGCUUAACUAUGGAAUUUAACUAUGGUUAUGCAUUUUUGGUGUGAAUUUUUGGUGUGUUCAAUGGCGAAUCAUUCAUGGUUAAGCGGCGAUUGGAAUCACCCGAAUGCGUACUUCAGAAACUCCAUAAUGUCGCCUGAAAGCUCAGAGAUGAGACACCACUCGGGAUCUACCAUGUAUUGGAGCUCCGAAGAACAAGCAAUUCUCGAAGAUGGUCUUGCUAGAUAUUCGUCGGAACCGAGUAUUUCACGUUACGCGAAAAUAGCGUUAGAGCUUCAGAACAAGAAGACCAUUAGAGACGUAGCUACGCGUUGCAGAUGGAUGCAUACGAAAGAAAAUAACAAGAGAAGAAAAGAAGACCACAAUAUGUCGGGAAGAGCCAGGGUUGACAAUAAGGAGAUUGUUGAUAUGGUGGUGGCUUCAAACUCAGCUACACAUAUGUUUGCAUCAUCACAUCUUCUUAGAGAAGAAGAUGGGAUCAAUAGUGAGCUUCUUAAACAGAAUCAACAACUCCUCAGUCAGAUUUCUGCAAAUCUCACAAAUUGCAAUCAGAUUUCUACAAAUGUCACAUCCUUGAGGUUAACAGAAAACUUGACUCUCUUUUGCAAGAGCAGAGACAACAUCAGGAAACUUCUCACAAAUUUGAGUGAGAAUGCCCCGGAGCAGAUGAAGCAUAUGCCACCAUGGCCGGAGAAAUUGAGAGAUGAUCAUGAUCAGCUACUUGAUUCAAUCCUUCCUCCCUCACAUCAACAAUGAACUUCUCUUUCUAUUUUUCUUUCUUUGCAAUUCAGCUCUUCAGGACAUUCUUUUUUAUUAUGUUUUAAAUCGGACUUCAGUUAUUAGGUUUUCUCCCAGUAGAAGCCCUAGCUUAGAGCAGAAGUUUAGCUCUUUGUAACUAGUUGAAGUGUAUCAAACAAAGUACAUUUGAUGCAAAAGCAUUUCCUUUGUUAAAUGUCAAGAUUAGUGGAGCCAAGGGCACCGAUAUUCUUGAUAUAAAAA